ACAUACAAACACUAAUUGAAUCACUACACAAGGAGGAGGAGGAGGAGAAGGAUAAUCUCAGUUAUAGUAGUAGCAACACACUCAAUUUUAAUGGCAUUAAAAGUCCUUUCUGCCCUCGACUCAGCUCGAACUCAACACUACCAUUUCAAGGCGAUAUUAAUCGCCGGAAUGGGCUUAUUCACCGACGCCUACGAUUUCUUCUGUAUACCACCGAUAUUGAGACUAAUCGGCCACAUUUACUAUGACAAAGACCAUUACAACGUCCCCUUCGGCAUCAACUCCGCGAUCAUCGCCCUCCCUAUCCUCGGAAGCGUCAUUGGAAGCAUGGUCUCCGGCCGCCUCGGCGACAUGUACGGACGGAAGCGCGUGUACGGACUCGCUCUGAUUCUGAUGGUGGUGAGCUCGAUCGGGUGCGGAUUCUCUCUAAGCACGUCGCCGGUGUGCGUGUUGGUGAGUUUGGGGUUCUUCAGGUUCUGCCUUGGGGUGGGGAUUGGCAGCGAUUAUCCGCUGUCGGCGACGAUUAUGUCAGAGUUUGCGAACAAGAGGACGCGGGGGGCGUUUAUUGCGGCGGUUUUCUCGAUGCAGGGGCUGGGGAUUUUGGUUAGUUCGGUGGUGACGAUGGUGGUUUGUAAGGUAUUUGAUGCGGCGACGCACCACACGAAUGCUGAUUCGACGCCCCAGGUGGCGGACUUGGCGUGGCGGAUUAUACUCAUAAUCGGUGCAAUUCCGGCGGCCAUGACGUUUUACUGGCGCAUGUUAACGCCGGAAACAGCCAGAUACACGGCAUUGGUGGAGCGGAACGUCCUGCAAGCAGCCAGGAUCAUGGAGAAAGUGCUAGACGUUCCAAUUGCCGAGGACGCCGAAUCCUCACCAAACCCAUCUCCCUCCUACCCUCUCUUCUCCACUGAAUUCCUCUGCCGCCAUGGCCGCGAUCUCUUCUCCUGCGCCGCCUCAUGGUUCCUCGUUGACGUUGUAUUUUACAGCAGUAAUCUCUUCCCAUCCAAAUUCCUUCCCCCCGAUUCAGAAACAAAUAACGCCUUUCAAGACGCUUACAAGGUGGCCCGGUUCCAAGCACUGUUCGCUGUUUGCUCGACCAUACCCGGAUACUGGGCCACCGUCAUCCUCAUUGACCGUAUAGGCCGAGUCAAAAUCCAAAUCAUGGGUUUUUUCUUCAUGGCAAUUUGCCUAUUCGCAGCCGGAAUUCCCUACAACAGAUACUGGCAGAACAACAAGAAUGUAGGAUUCCUGUUUUUAUACGGGCUCACAUUUUUCUUCUCCAAUUUUGGUCCCAACACCACGACGUUUAUAGUCCCUGCGGAGCUUUUCCCCGCCAGAUUCCGGACCACAUGUCACGGGAUUUCAGGGGCUUUUGGAAAAGUCGGGGCCAUUAUCGGGACGGUCGGGGUUCUUCGGGCUACUGAUGGAAACCAUGGGAGGAUGCGAAAGGAGGCGGUGUUGAUUAUUUUGGGUGGGGUCUGUGUUUUGGGAAUACUGGUAACUUAUUUGUUUACGAGGGAAACGAAGGGGAGGUCGUUGGAGGAGAAUGAGAAUGACAACCAAGACGAAACCGAGGGCUCUGUUACUUCGGUUGAAUUAGGCCUACUCGGUCAUCGACGGCCCUAACUGCUUGAGCCGGGACCAUCGAGUAAUCGAUAAACAUGAUUAAAAAGAGUGCUAGUAGAUAAAACUUAUUUUCACUUUUGCUGUCGUGCUUCCACUUCUUACCCGAUGUUUUAUGGAAAUUCUUGUUGAAUAUAGCUGGGGUUUUUUUUUCCCCACUCCAUGGCCUCUUCUUCUCGGCCUCUUUUGUAAAGAUCCAGUCCCAAGCCCUUUGUGGGCAGUGUAUAUUUGGAUUUGGUCGUUACUCGUUUUUCAAUGUAAUGUAAAGUAAGCAAAUGUCCUCUCUAA